AUGGCGGACCGGGCUGAGAUGUUCUCGCUCUCCACCUUCCACUCACUCUCCCCUCCGGGCUGCAGGCCGUCCCAUGACAUCAGCCUGGAGGAGUUUGAUGAUGAAGACCUGUCCGAGAUCACUGAUGACUGUGGCAUUGGCCUCAACUACGACUCAGACCCCUACGAGAAGGACUGUCUCAUUCUGGAGAAGAGUGAGUUCCACCACCCGGUGUGCUCCUUCCAGGACGACUUCCAGGAGUUUGAGAUGAUUGAUGACGAGGAUGAGGAGGAGAACGAGGAUGAAGAGGAGGUGCCCCCCUCCCCCUCCGCCUCCCCUCCUCCCUCCCCCUCGCUCAAGAGCCGGCCCACCACCCUCAACCUCACGUCCACAGUCUCACAGGACUCACUGAACAAUAACGGUCAUGGUGUGUCUCCACGCAAAUCAAGCUGGCAGGAUUCGCUGCGUAACCAAACUUCACAGGGCCGCCACUCUCCGACCCACUCAUGUCUGGAGGACAGCAGUCAUGUGACAGGCUCAUGCCCCGCCAUCGCCCCCGGAAAUACGGCCCCCGCCAAAGGUACUCCCCCCACGCAGGCGCAGUCCCCCGGCCGACCCCUCCUGUACGACUUUGAGGGGAACAGGAGAGAGCGUCCCGAAUACGGUUCCUUCGGUCAGCACAAGUCGUGCGGUGGCGGUGGCGGUGGCGGCGGCGGCUCGGACACGUGCGACUUCCACGCGGAGAGCGACGCCCCGCUGGCCGAGGAGUCCCAGUGCUCGGACACGGAGGUGGACCACGCCCUGAACGGACGCUGCCGCCCCUGCGGCCACUCGCGCAACACCACCGCCAACGACACCUACACCAUCACCACCGAGACGCUGGACGAGCCCGACCCCGACAACGACAUGACCCUGGACGGCACCAGCAAGUGCCUGUCCUCCACCGCCCCGCUGGGCCCCGGGGAAGAGGGGGAGGAGGACGGCUCGCAGACGCCCCUGUCGGACGCCGAGCUGGACCGCGUGUUCGACGGAGACGACUACACGGCGCCCCCCGGUGGCGGAGGUUAUGUAGAGUUCCCCUGCAUCGAGCACAGCGAGGCCGCCUCCUUCUCCAGCUACGUGUCCUCCUCCAGCCACUCAGAGCGCCUGCCUGAAGCCGACCGCCACAACAACCACCACGGGGCGCGGGGGCCGCCACCACCACCACCGCCGCCGGCCCCUGCCAAUGACUCCACGUCUCCCUCGUCAGACCCGGGCAUCGCCGACAUGAACACGCAGCACCACCGGCACCGCUACGGCGGCGGCACGGACCGGCACAGCGACGACCUGAGCUCGCCGGGCUCCGACUCGGACGUGGAAGAGGAGCUGGAGGCGGCCUUUGUGGCCUGCCACAUGAUCUCCUCCAUCUCCGAGACCGAGCUGGACCUGAGCAGCGACUCCAGCAGCGGCCGCUCCUCGCACCUCACCAACUCCAUCGAGGAGGCCAGCUCGCCCACCUCCGACCCCGAGAUGGACCCCGAGCUGGACGCCGAGCAGGACAGCGGCAUCGUGGGCCUCAAGGCCCCCUUGCUCCUGGGCCAGCUCGACCCCAUCAAGCCACACGUCAACGACGACGAGGACAACAUGCUCCCCCUGGAAGACGGCCAGGCGCUAAUGGGUCUGCAGCGCGAGGAGGCGCCGCGCGAGGAAGACGGCUACCAAGGUGGCUACCACCAGGCCGACCCAGACGAGACCCUGCCCCCGGCAGAGCCGUGUGAGGACAAGAGCCGCGAGCAGCUGGUACUGCGGGUGGAGCCCGACCACAGCCUGGAGAGCUUCAAGCGCUCCUUCUACCUGCCCGUGAGCACGCAGCAGCAGCAGCGCAGCUACUACAUGCCGCACGCCGAAGACUACCCCAACAGCGAGGGCGAGUCCGAAUCCGAGUCCGAGGACGAGCUGAGCGAGAACUCCGACUCGCCCUGGCUGCUCAGCAACUUGGUCAACAAGAUGAUCUCCGAGGGCUCCUACCCCAUCAGCUGCCCCGAGGAGUGCCUGAAGCGCUCGGCCUCGCUCUCCGACACCAUCUCCCCAUCCACGCCCCACGACCUACUGGAGGUCGACAUGCUGGCGGCGGAGGCAGAAGAGGAGCAGAGGAGGAGGGAGACCCAGGGUGGAAGUGAUAAUCCCGGCGACGAGCCCCCAAAUGGAGGAGAAGGAGAGAUGGCGAAGACCACCGAUGGAAGACAGCCACAGCUGGGGAGGGUGAUCACAGAGGGCACCGGCGUGGGCGUGUGCCUGUACAUGAGCAACCCCACUUGCGACACCGUGGCCCCGCUCAUCUUGGAGCGCUACGAGCGGCCUACCCCUAACCUCACACCUACACCCAGCUUGACCUCCAGCGACGACGACGAUGACGACGAUGAUGAAGAACCCGAUAACGACCGUAGGAUGGAGCGCUCCCGGGCCGCCAAGAAGGAGCUGGACUCUCCCAGCCAGACGGACAGCGUUGCCAGCGAUAAGGAUGACGGCCCCGAAAUCAAAGUCCCCGCUACCACAGCCACGGGUCUCCAAGCUCCAAGCACAGGUGCCCCAGCCUCCCUGCAGCGAAUCACAGAGGUGAAGAACAGCCUGACGUUGGACCUGCCCACGACAGUCACCAAUCGCGUCUUUAGCCUUAGCUACUCCACAGAUGAGGAGGUGGAAGAGGGAUCACCCUUCCUGGAUGUGGAACUGGAGCUGGGCCUUACAUCCCCUCAGGUAUUCUUUUUUCUCCUUUCUACAUUGUCCUUCUACUCCCCUGGCAGUUACUCCUACUUGGACAGCUCGCCCCCCAUCGACGAGAGCGUGCGCCCCCACCCGCUGGCCCGCCCCAUGCGGCCCCCUCUGGAGCCCUCGCUGGCCGACUCGCUGGCCUACGACAGCAUGAAGUACACGCUGGUGGUGGACGAGAACACCACCCUGGAGCUGGUCAGCCUCAAGCGAUGCACCUCCCUGCUCAGCGAGCACAGCGAGAGCGAAGAGGAGGAGGAUGAGGAAGGGCAGGUACCUGUGGGGUACAGUGGCCUGCGAGGGCCACCUCUGCUGCGGGGGUCGGGAGGUGUGCGGCAAGACCUGCUGCUCACCUCCUCAUCCGAGGAGGACUCAUCUCCAGAGGCCGACAUGCCCUUCUCCAAGAAGUUCCUCAACGUCUUCGUCAAGAGCACCUCGCGCUCAUCCAAGAGGGUCUCUAAUGGCACAGAGUCUUUCGGCCUUUUCUCCUGCACGAUAAAUGGAGAGGAGAGGGAGCAGACGCACCGCGCCGUGUUCAGGUUCAUCCCGCGGCAUGCUGACGAGCUGGAGCUGGACGUUGACGACCCCCUGCUGGUGGAGCAGGAGGAGGACGACUACUGGUACCGCGGAUACAACAUGCGCACCGGGGCCACCGGCAUCUUCCCCGCCUACUACGCACACGAGCUCAUCUCACACAACAAGGACCCCAUGGCAGUGAAACGGAACCCUGCGUGGAUUGAGACGUUCGGUGUGCAGUUCUUGGGAUCUGUGGAGGUGCCCUAUCACCAGGGAAGUGGCAUCCUGUGUGCAGCCAUGCAGAAGAUCGCACGGUCCCGCAAGAGGACGGUGCACGUGCGUCCGCCGUCUGUUUGUGAGCUGGAGAUCAGCCUGCAAGGCAUCAAACUCAUCAUGAGCCUAGAGGAGGACUACGACAUGACAGAGGAGUUUGACAGGUGUAGUCACUUCUUCCAGAUGAAGAACAUCUCCUUCUGUGGCUGUCAUCCCAAGAACAACUGUUAUUUCGGCUUCAUCACUAAGCACCCCAUGCUGAACCGCUUCGCCUGUCACGUCUUCGUAUCCCAGGAGUCCAUGAGGGGCGUAGCAGAGUGUGUGGGGCGGGCGUUUCAGGAGUACUACCAGGAGCACUUGGAGUUUGCUUGCCCCACCGAGGAUAUCUACCUGGAGUAGGCGAAAACC